CCCGCGCGUGUCCAGUAGCGAGCCGCCGCCGUACCACGCUGAGGGGGAAUGACAGGCGGUACCCGUCACCAGGGUCGCCCGUCGCCAACUCUUUAGAUGGCUCUGGGUGAUCCCCAAAGGCUUCCAAUCCGAACUCGGAGGCCCCGCACAUGGCUGCGGAGGGCGGGACCAUUUGGUCCAAUCUCUGCCUCGGGCCCACAACCAUCGGAGGUUUCGCGCACUCCACGCCCUAGGCCGCAGAGGCCACAGUAGGCCUCGGGACCGGUUCGACCGAGCUUGGACUAGACAGGCCGCGGCGGGGACUGCAGGCAAGCCAGGUCACAGCCAGCAGAGGGCGCCGCCGGGGCAUGGCCGGGGAGCGCACCGGGGCCUGGUUCGGCUUCGGUUUCUGCGGUUUCGGGCAGGCGCUGGGCUCCGGGCGCGGGCACCAGGUACUCAGUCCCGAGCCGCUAAGGGCGCCGGGCGCGGGCCUUGAUAUCUGCCGCGUGAGCGCGAGCUGGAGCUACACCGCCUUCGUGACCGGUGGAGGCCAGGUGGAGCUGUCCGGCUCCGCACGCGGCGCCGCGAGAGGCUGCAAGGACGCGUGGGCGUCGGAGGCGUUCCUCGUGGUGCUGCGACCCGGGCCGGGAUCCGGACCCGGGGCGGAGCUUCAGGCCUGGGCGCCCGGCUCGGCGCUGCGCGGGGAGCCCCUCUGGGCCCAGACCGUGGUGCCGGAGGCCGAGCGGAAAGACGGACCCGGCGGCGGUGAGACCCAGGCUGGGCCGCUGCCGCUGCUGCCCUGCGUCCGUGCCUACGUGAGCCCGCGGCCGCCCUUCUACCGGCCUCUGGCCCCGACGCUGCGGGCUCGCCGGCUGGAGCUGGGCGCCGAGCACGCGUUGCUGCUGGACGCGGCGGGCCAGGUGUUCUCCUGGGGCGGAGGCAGGCACGGACAGCUGGGCCACGGGACUCUGGAGGCAGAGCCGGAGCCGAGGCUGUUGGAGGCGCUCCAAGGCCUACCCAUGACUGAGGUGGCCGCAGGAGGCUGGCACUCUGUGUGUGUGAGUGAAACUGGGGAUAUUUAUAUAUGGGGCUGGAACGAAUCAGGGCAGCUGGCCCUGCCCACCAGGAGCUUGGCGGAGGAUGGAGAGACAGUCACAGGGGAAGCCACAGGACUGAAUGAAGAUGGUUCUGAAGUGAAGAGAGUAGCCAGGGGUGAGAAUGGAGCCCCUGCCCCCUUUAUAGCUGUUCAGCCCUUCCCAGCUUUAUUGGAUCUCCCCAUGGGCUUGGAUGCCAUCAAAGCCAGUUGUGGAUCCCGGCACACAGCGGUGGUGACAAGAACCGGGGAGCUCUACACCUGGGGCUGGGGUAAAUAUGGACAGCUUGGCCACAAGGACACAACCAGCUUGGAUCGGCCCUGCCGUGUGGACUACUUUGUAGAUAAGCAACUCCAAGUAAGGACUGUGAGCUGUGGUCCCUGGAACACCUAUGUGUAUGCUGUGGAGAAAGAGAAGAGCUGACAUAUACAAAAGGGCAUAAAAUAAAUGUACGGUAGAGUAAAAAAUUAUUAAGCUAAUGCUUGUGACACUUCACCCAGGUCAAGGAACACCAUUGCCGGCCAAAGGCCCGGCCCUCGCCCCUCCCCGUCACAGCCCUCUUGCACCACCUACGAGCAGCAUCCUCAACUUGUCCUCACAUUAGAAACCCUAGAGCUUUGGAAGUGGAUGCCUAAGGCCAGCACUGCCGACACAGUGAAAUCAGAAUUAGGGGUGUGGAACCUAGAUGUGGGUAAUUUUAAAGCUGCCGCAUCCCACCCCAGGUGAUUUUGAGGUAGUGCCCAUAUGGGGAACCACUAGAGGCCAUCUUCUUUUGUUAUUUCUCUUCCCUGUCUUCAUUUCGAAUUGUACCGUCCUUGUAUGCAUCUUUAUACAAUAUAAUUCGUCUGCUUCUGAACUUUAGGUAAAUGGAAUCACUCUGGGUA